AUGACAACAAGUUGUAACGUUUUAAAGACGGCAGUAGCUCGUGGAAAUUUUGGCGCCAUCGUUCAAACUUCGCGCGUUGCAAGGAUGGCCAGUACUAUCGAUAAUUCCUGCGAGAAAGAAAAUGUUGGUACCAGUGAGAAUCAAAAGCAAUCAUCCGGAAACAAAAAUACCAAUUUUAUGUCGAGAAAUAUUUUGAAAGAGAAAAAUGGAGUCACAAACGACCAACCUAAAACAGAUACAUCAAAAGCGGAAAUUAUACAGCAGAUGUUGCAAAUAGAAGAACAUCAUGUGAUUGCAGUGAUUAAAGAUGAACAAGGGAACCUGAGUGAUGUACUUUGGUGUCCUGUAUAUCUUCGACCAGACGCAAAAGGUCAGGCAAGGGGUGGAGACGAGGUACCACAUCACAGGUGUAAAACAUGUACCAGGAUUGGACUUCACCUUCUGAAUGAUGGACAGAAGUACAGACCAUGCUUAAGGUGUGCAGGUUGGAGCGAGGCAGAGAUACCCGUCUGGUAUUACCAUAUGACAUGUUGCCAUUGUGAACAAGCUUUGAAACAUUGCAGAUAA